AUGCUGCGCCUGGCCAGGCUCACGAAGGUUUCCCCCGAGCUGAAGGAUCGCAAAGAGGAUGCCAAAGUGAUGGAAGACGAGGGCCAGACGAAGAUCAAGCAGCGCCGGAGCCGAACCAACUUCACCCUGGAGCAGCUGAACGAGCUGGAGCGCCUGUUCGACGAGACCCACUACCCGGACGCCUUCAUGAGGGAGGAGCUCUGCCAGAGGCUGGGGCUGAUUCCCGCGCACCUGCAGGUGUGGUUUCAGAACAGAAGAGCUAAAUGCCGAAAGCAAGAGAAUCAGCUACACAAAGGGGUCCUCAUCGGAGCAGCCAGUCAGUUCGAAGCGUGCCGAGUGGCCCCCUACGUGAACGUGGGCGCUUUGCGGAUGCCCUUUCAGCAGGAUAGUCAUUGCAACGUGACGCCCUUGUCCUUUCAGGUGCAGGCGCAGCUGCAGCUGGACAGCGCCGUGGCGCACGCGCACCACCACCUCCACCCGCACCUGGCCGCGCACGCGCCCUACAUGAUGUUCCCGGCGCCGCCCUUCGGCCUGCCCCUCGCCACCCUGGCCGCCGAGUCCGCCUCCGCAGCCUCCGUGGUGGCGGCGGCCGCGGCGGCCAAGACCACCAGCAAGAACUCCAGCAUCGCCGACCUCAGACUCAAAGCCAAAAAGCACGCGGCCGCCCUGGGCCUCUGA